CGGAGCGGUCGGGGAGUGGUUCGCAAUAGGAAACGCAGCGCGGCAGUGGCAGGAGAAGUGCGGUGCCUGCAGCCGCCGCCGCUUCGAGGGGAGCCGGCCGCGAGGAAACGAGCUCAUGAUGUCUGGCCGUACUGUUGUGUCCUUUGGUGCUGUGGAUUCGUGCAUUUCAUCUCUGAGAAAUUGCCAGUUCUACAUAAGCACCGGAAUGGAUGUUGCUACAAAAGUUGCUCUUGACCUUGUGCAAAAUCACAAUGACGCAGAAGAAGUUAAUGAAAUGGAAAAUGUGAUGCUAGAAUAUGCUGCAAUGAACAGAGAACUAAACCAUUAUGUAGAAGCGGUUACAGGUAUCGUGAAUAAGAUGAAGCAAGACAAGCCGGAUACGCUACCAGAUUUAAAAAAUGUGGUUGAAGAGAAGUUUGAAGCUUUGGAAAGCAGAAACAAUAACCUUGAUCUGCAAAGAAAUGUGAAAUAUGUCAUUUUUAAAGAUCAGCUCAAGCAAAUGAAGGCACAGGUUCAUAGACAGUCACAUUCAGAUGACAUCCCAGCUCUUGAACAAGUUGAUGAGGAUAUUGCAGUGACAGAAAGUCAGAUGAACUUCAUAUGUCCCAUUACACAGGAGGAAAUGAAGAAACCAGUCAAGAAUAAAAUCUGUGGCCACGCCUAUGAAGAAGCUGCCAUCUUAGAACUUAUCCAGCACAAAGAGCAACGGAAGAAGAAAGCACGCUGUCCCAGAGUCGGUUGCAACAACCUUCAUGUCAAGAAAUCAGACCUGGUGCCCGAUGAAGUCCUGAAAAGAGCAAUCAGCAGCCAGAAUAAACAGAGCCAAUCCACACGGUAGAAGUCGGCUGGCGCUCCAGUGGUUCUUAUGACAAAGAAAUGUGGUGUUAGAAGAGGUUGCCUGAGAUAAGUUACUGAUUGUCAGGUGGUUGUGUAAGAGAUCGUUAUUUAAAAUAUUCCAGUUGCAGAAAGAGUUGAAGGUCUGACCUGACUCUGAAAGCAUUUUCAUUGCUCCUUGGAAACUGCCAAGUGUAACCUGUUCAAUUUGCUUUGCUUUUUAAAAAAGGGGCUCGCAUUUUGUAAAUAAAGAUAUGCGGACCGUUGUCUCCUCCUC